AUGACAAGAUCUCAAGCCACGCCAACUCCUAACGUUUCUCCCAGAACAAAGAGUCUGAGUGUUAACAGCUGGAUGCAGCUGGCCUCCUCCCUCCAGCCAAGAAUCCGAACCCGAACCGAGCUGCUCGCGUCGUAUUGCUGCUGCAGAUUCCAGUACCGCUGUGCAGCUGCCAGCACACUGCAGAGCACAGCACAUGCACAGGCAGCUUCCGCUCGGCCUCGCAAGCUGAAGCUGAUCCAUCCAAACCUGCUGGGUGUGCCUGGAAGCAUGUUGUCAUCUCCUCCGGCCGGCACCGCUGUCCGACCCUCGGAGCACACAGGAUCGGCCACGCUGCCAACUCCCCAACAGCCUGCCAAGCUUCAGCGUCAGGCGAUGCAUGAUUCCAAGACCGAGGCAAUAGCCAUCUCCAACCAGACCAGGCUAAGCCGAGCUGACCUUGGACUUUUGUGCUUCUGA